AUGGCUUCAUCUCUGUUACUUGCUGUGGUGUUUGUGUUUGAUCUCAUUGCUUUUGCUCUCGCUGUUGCUGCUGAACAAAGGAGGAGUACUGCCAAUUUAGCCGAAAAUAUUGAAGGAAGAAAAUAUUGUCAAUAUGAUUCUGACAUUGCCACCGGCCUAGGUGUUGGGUCCCUCUUUAUCCUUGUUGCCAGUCAAGUCAUCAUUAUGGUUGUAACUAGAUGCUUGUGCUGUGGGAAACCCAUGGCACCUAGUGGAUCCAGAUCAUGGGCAAUUUGUUUAUUCAUCACUGCAUGGUUGACAUUUUUUAUUGCUGCUUCAUGUCUUCUAGCUGGUUCAGUGAGAAAUGCUUACCAUACAAAGUAUAGAGAUCUAAUGGGAGAGAGAGCACCUUCAUGUCAAACCUUAAGGAAAGGAGUAUUUGGAGCUGGAGCUGCUUUCAUUGUUCUUACAGGCAUAGUCUCUGAGCUUUAUUAUGUUAGUUUUUCAAAAGCUAAUAAUAGUGGAGUCCCUUCCUAUGCUAGAGACACAGGUGUGACAAUGAGCAAUUUGUAA